CCAAAAAGUGACAGCCCUAGUUAGCAUAGCAUGGAUGACUUGCAAGUCAAAGUCUCCUUCCCGACUUAGCUUUCUCAAAGACAAAUGCAACUACAAGGAAACUGCGAAUUGGUUCUCAAUUUCUAAUAGAUGGAUGACUCCAUUGCAUUACAAGUAUUUGUUAAAAAGCCUAAUUGAACCCGGUAGCUUGCUUCACUCAAGAAGUGAUUGCAUUGUAUUAACAUGGGUCUUAGCCAGUUGUGGCUGUCCGUUUUGAUAGUUUUAUUGUUUCAUGGGAAGUGGUUGUGUGAUGGUUGUUGGGAUGACGAGAGAAUUGCCUUGUUGAAGCUCAAAGCUUACUUCAACGCUUCUAAUAGCGUGGCCUUGGAUUCUUGGGGGAAAAUUCCCAACUGUUGUUAUUGGGAAUAUGUAGAGUGCAGUCCCGUUACAGGGCGAGUAACAUCACUUCAUCUCAGGAUGGAUUGGAGUUGGACAAGCGCAGAUUGGUAUCUCAAUGCCUCUUUGUUUGUUCCCUUCAAAGAAUUGAAACGUCUUUCCUUGGUCGAUUUUAACAUUGCGGGUUGUGUUGAAAAUGAAGGUUUUGAAAGAUUAUGGAAUCUUGACAAUUUGGAGUCUCUUGAUUUAAGUAUGAACAAAUUCAUCAACACCAUCCUGCCAUCUCUAAGUGGCUUUUCAUCUUUAAAAUCUUUAAAUUUAGACGACAAUAGACUGAAAGGAAUAAUUGAUAUUCAAGUAUUGAAUAACCUAACAAGCUUGAAGGAGCUGAGUUUACGAGCGAAUGGAAUUAAAGGUUUUAUAUCCUCUCAUGGUUUGAGGAAUCUGGAGCUCCUUGAUCUGAGUUACAAUGGCCUUGAUAACAACAAGCUCUCAUAUCUUAAGGGGUUUGCAUCUCUCAAAUCUCUGUAUGUGAGGCAAAGUUCACUCACUGGAACACUUAACUUGAAAGAAUUUGAGGGUUUGAACAACUUGGAGGAGUUAGAUCUAAGCGAAAAUCAAAUCAUCCGCUUUGAGGCUCUGAAAGAUGCUAGAGGUCUAAGUAAGUUGAGCAAACUACUUCUGGAUAGCAUCAUUGGUUAUGGAGGAAACUCUUCACUGUUGCAUUCAUUGGGAGCAUUUCCAUAUCUCAAGAUCCUUUCUCUACAAAACAAUUAUUUGAAAUCACUAGAAUCUGCUCAAGGGUUGCCCAAUUUCAAGAAGCUGGAAAACUUAUACAUGAAUUAUUCUGCUACCAACAACAACAUCCUUCAAAUUAUUUCAAAUAUAACCUCUCUUAAGACUUUAUCAUUGUAUGAUUGUGGACUCAGUGGCACUUUGUCUCAAGGUAUAUGCAAUUUGGAAGAUCUUCAGGUUCUAGAUAUCGGUUAUAAUAAUCUCAUUGGUACAUUGCCUUUGUGUUUAGCAAAUUUGACUUCCCUUCAACAGUUAACCCUCUCUUACAAUAGUUUCACUGGAAAAAUCUUCCCCCUUGGGAGUUGGACAUCCAUCCAAGAAUUAGAACUUUCACACAAUCACUUUCAAAUCCCAAUUUCACUCGGUCCACUUUUCAACCAUACAAGACUCAAGCAAUUCCAUGCUGAGGGUAGUGAAGUAUAUGCAGAUACAAAGGUGCAUAAUUUGAUCCCAAAAUUCCAGUUAGAAACUCUUGUUUUGUCUGGUCUCGGAUAUGGUGGAGCAUUUCCCAAAUUCCUCUACUAUCAACAAGAGUUGAAAGUUUUUGACAUCUCAUAUAUUCAAAUGAAGGGGAGCUUUCCAUUUUGGUUGUUAGAGAACAACACAAACCUAGUUAUGCUUUAUUUAGCCAAUACUUCUCUUUCAGGGCCUCUCCAACUUCCAAUUCAUACUCAUAUGGGCUUGUCAAACUUAGAUAUCUCCAAUAAUGGCUUACAGGGGCAUGUUCCAGCAGGAAUUGGAGUAUCUUUCCCAAUGUUAAAAGUUUUGAAAAUGUCUAGAAAUGGUUUCAGUGGCAACAUUCCCUCAUCACUUAGCAAUGUCAGCUCCUUGACAACUUUACAAUUGGAUGGAAAUCAGUUCACAGGAAGUAUACCUGAUAACUUGUACAAGUGCUCCAAUUUGGAGAUGUUGGAUGUUAGUGACAACUCUCUCUCUUGUAGGAUCCCAGGGUCCAUGGGGAAUAUGUCUUCACUUGAGAUUUUAGACCUAUCAAAAAACAAUAUCUUUGGAAGUUUACCACCAAACUUCAACCCUUCAGAGUUGGCAUAUGUUUACUUGUCUGAAAACAGGCUACAAGGAUCAAUUAGAAAUGCAUUUUCUGACUGCUCUAAGUUGGUAACCCUGGAUCUUGGAGAUAAUUCUUUGAUUGGGACCAUUCCCGAAUGGAUUGGUAGGCUUCCAUAUUUAAGCUAUAUAUCCUUGAGUUAUAACAACCUUGAAGGUGAAAUUCCAAAUCAUUUGUGCAAUUUGAGUAGCUUAAACUUCCUUGACUUAUCUCAUAACAAUCUCUCUGGUCAUAUCAUUCCUUGCUUAAGAUUUGCCGACUAUUUUCGUGUGAAAGAUCCAAGAAUUGAGAGUAAGCAAAUGAAAUUUACAACAUAUUCUUAUCUGGAAAUCACUCUUUACUCAUUUUCUAUAAUGGAUCUUUCCUACAACAAAUUGAGUGGAGAAAUUCCUCCUGAAUUGGGAAAUGUUCAAGUGUUGAACCUCUCUCACAACAGUUUGACAGGACCUAUUCCAUCAACAUUCUCAACUGUAAUUCAAAGCUUGGAUCUUUCUUACAACCAGUUGGAUGGGAAAAUUCCUGGUGAGCUUACUCAUCUUCGUCUACUUGUGUUCAGUGUAGCUUAUAAUAAUUUAUAUGGAUCAAUACCUAUGGAAGAUGCAAACACUUGGUUUUUUACUGGGAGUAGUUAUGAGGGAAAUCCAUUCCUUUGUGGACUGCCACUGCCAAAGAGUUGUAAUGCGACAACCGAGGAUAAUAGUGGCUUCAUUGACAUGGAGGUUUUCUAUGUGAGCUUUGGUGUAGCUUACGUCGUGGCAUUACUGACAAUUGGUGCAGUUUUAUACAUAAACCCAUAUUGGCGACGAGCAUGGUUUACUUUCAUAGAGGUGAAAAUCGCCCAUUUCCCAUAUUUUCUUAACCUACUAAGGGGCAAGGGGCUGUGCGCCUGA